AUGGUGGUCCACCGCUCCGGCCCUCUCAAGCAGCAGAAUAAAGCCCAUAAAGGCGGGCGACAUCGGGGUCGGGGAUCUUCGCAGCGAGACAGCAAAGGUCGCCUAGGAGUGAAAGCGCUGAGCAAGAAAGUGAGAAAAGAACUCAGCCGAGUAGACCAGCGGCAUCGUGCCAGCCAGCUCCGGAAGCAGAAGAAAGAGGCGGUUCUGGCGGAAAAGAGACAUCUGGGCAGCAGGGAUGGCCCUCCCCAUCACGUACUCAUUGUCCCUCUGCACAACAAUAUUUCCCUGCCAGAGGCCUUGCGACUGCUUCAGGAUUGUGAUACUGGGACUGUGCACCAGAGUGAAUGGGGAGGCACCCUGAAUUUUAUGCUGCUCUGCCCCCGGUUGAAACAUCGGUGGUUUUUUACAUCUGCGAAGCCAGGGGAUCUGCACACUGUGUUAGACAUGGCUAAAGUGGCUGAUACCAUACUAUUCCUCCUUGAUCCAAUAGAAGGCUGGGACAGCACUGCGGAUUAUUGCCUCUCCUGCCUUUUUGCACAGGGCCUUCCUACCUAUACACUAGCUGUUCAGGGAGUUUCUGGUCUUCCACCAAAGAAACAAAGAGAUGCCAGAAAGAAGCUAAGCAAAGCAGCAGAGAAACGCUUUCCUGAUGACAAACUCUUCCUGUUAGACACCCAUCAGGAGGCUGGGGUGCUGAUCAGGCAGUUGGCUAAUCAAAAGCAACGGCAUCUUGCCUUUCGAGAUCGGCGGGCCUACCUGUUUGCAUAUGCUGCUGACUUUGUACCUAGUGAAGAGAAUAACUUGGUUGGCACUUUGAAAGUCUCUGGUUAUGUUCGUGGGCAGACUCUAAAUGCAAAUAGCUUGCUGCAUAUCAUUGGACAUGGUGAUUUUCAGAUGAAACAGAUAGAUGCUCCCAUGGACCCUUUUCCUUUAAAUCCGAGAGUGAUUAAAUCUCAAAAAGACCCAAGCCUGGCAAUGGAGAUUUGUGCUGCAGAUGCUACGGCUGAUAUGGAGGAAGAUCUCAAGGUCUUAAUGAAAGCAGACCCUGAUAGACAGGAAUCUUUGCAGUCAGAGGUUAUCCCAGAUCCAAUGGAGGGAGAGCAGACUUGGCCCACAGAGGAAGAGCUGAGUGAAGCAAAUGACUUAUUGAAGGAAAGGUCCAAGAUGGUGAAGAAGGUCCCCAAAGGAACAUCCAUUUACCAGGCUGAAUGGAUUUUGGAUGAGGACGGUGAAAGUGGUGGAGAUGGCGAGGAAUACGAUGAUACAGAGCAUGAAGAUUUUAUGGAAGAGGAAUCGCAGGAUGAGAGUAGUGAAGAGGAACAAGAAGAGGAGGAAUGUGAAACUAUGACUAUCGGGGAGUCUGUGUGUGAUGAUAUGUAUGAUGAGAAAGUGGAUGAAGAAGCGGAGGAAAAAAUGCUGGAGAAAUAUAAGCAAGAAAGACUAGAAGAGAUGUUUCCAGAUGAGGUGGACACCCCCCGAGAUGUAGCUGCUAGAAUUCGAUUUCAGAAAUACAGAGGUCUGAAGAGCUUCCGGACAUCACCAUGGGAUCCUAAGGAAAACCUUCCCCGAGAUUACGCACGCAUUUUUCAGUUUCAGAACUUUACUAAUACUAGAAAACGCAUUUUUAAAGAGAUUGAGGAAAAAGAGGUUGAGGGAGCUGAGGUUGGCUGGUAUGUCACACUUCAUGUCUCUGAAGUCCCUGUGUCAGUGAUUGAGCACUUUAGGCAAGGAGCACCUUUGAUUGCAUUUUCCCUGCUACCUCAUGAACAGAAGAUGUCAGUAUUGAAUAUGGUCGUGAGACGGCACUCUGGCAACACUGAACCUGUGAAAGCCAAAGAGGAGCUGAUUUUCCACUGUGGGUUCAGGCGCUUCCGAGCCUCGCCUUUAUUCUCUCAGCAUACUGCAGCGGAUAAGCAUAAAUUUCAGAGGUUCCUGACUGCUGAUGUGGCCCUGGUGGUGACAGUGUAUGCCCCAAUCACUUUUCCUCCUGCAUCAGUGCUGCUUUUCAAACAGAACAGCAGUGGAAUGCACAACCUCAUUGCCACAGGCCAUCUGUUGUCAGUAGAUCCAGACAGAAUGGUCAUAAAGAGAGUUGUUCUGAGUGGCCAUCCUUUUAAAAUUUUUACUAAGAUGGCAGUAGUGCGUUACAUGUUCUUCAGCAGAGAGGAUGUAUUGUGGUUUAAACCAGUGGAACUAAGAACAAAGUGGGGUCGUCGGGGACACAUCAAGGAGCCUUUAGGUACUCAUGGCCACAUGAAGUGCACUUUUGAUGGGAAGCUCAAAUCUCAGGACACAGUACUGAUGAACCUUUAUAAGCGAGUUUUCCCCAAAUGGACUUAUGAUCCUUAUGUCCCAGAACCAGUACCUUGGAUAAAGAGUGCAGUUACUUCAGCAGUGCCUGAAGUGGACAUGGAGUAA